AGUCUUGCGAGAUUUCGCUUGACGCAUGCUCAUUCCAGCCAACCAAGAUGGCGGCGGUUCGCUGAGAGGAGAGAUCGGAAGGAAACAGCGACCGGAGCACAGUUUUCUCGCUGAUUCUCGCCAGUUUGCCGAGUUUUCUUGGCUCCUCCGGGAGGAUACAGAAGGAGGAUGGCGACAAGGGACGCUAGAUACCGCGUCAUCCACCCAGAUCAUAGCUUACAGCAGAGGAGACUGAGACAUCUGCGGAGCGUAUCUGCCAGGAACAUCGUUGCUCCCCCUCAGUCCGCCCACGGAUGGCGGGGACGUUUGUUAGACACAUAUUUCACCCUGUGUACCACCUGCGACCAGGGACCCAACAAUAGAGAAUUUUAUAGAAGUGAAGUUAUCAGAAAAUCUUUGAAUCCUAUCUGGAAGAGUUUUGAGUUGAGAAGUCUACAAGAUGGAAUUGACACAUCCAUUACUUCCUUUAUAGUCCAGCUCUGGGGAGGUACAGAGGAGAAGUACAGUCUGCUGAUUGAGUGGAAAGUUAACUUAGGGGGUCUCAGGUACAUUGGGCCACACGUGACCCAGGAUGGACAUGGACAGUCCCCUAACACCAUCAUCUUUGGCAUGUUUGAGGGCUACUAUACAGCACCCGACCAUAACAUGGAGAGAAGCCAGGAGAACCAGGCCAACGCUUCCCGCCAGAGGGCGCUACAGCAGGACCACCUGUCCCCGCGACAGUCGUACAACGGGUUCUCGCUGCUGCGGGUCCACACCACCCAGCGCGCCAUCAAGCAGACGCAGAUGGCCGUCAGUCGGAUACAGGAGGCUAUCGAUGACAGGAUGGAGCAGCAGAGGAUCAAGGCUCAGCUGGAUCCUAAGAUGGUAUCUGAGCGUGAGACCCUUCGGCUGCGGGUGGCCCUGCUGCACGAGGAGCUGCGCAAACAGACCACCAGUCUGCAGAUGGAACAGGAGACAAGCAAGAACGAGAGGAAGACACGCCAGCAGAGAGAAUCCGAGCUGGAGAUGAAGAGAGAAGGUCUGGCUCAGGCUAAGCUGGACCUGGGGGAGAGGAUGAAGGGGCACAUAGAGAAGAGGUUGUUCACUCCAGGCAUCUCCCAGAUUGGUCAAGAAAGUGGCAAUGUCGGUAUGAACUGCAGUCUCACCGUGGAUCCUCACACCCAUCUGCAGUGCCUGUUCAAGGAAGCAGAUUGCUCUAUUAUGAUCACCUUGGCAUAUUGCCUGUUCAUGGUAGCCAACUGCUUUCCUGUGAUCACCCAGUUCACUCCAGGCAUCUCCCAGAUUGGUCAAGAAAGUGGCAAUGUCGGUAUGAACUGCAGUCUCACCAUGGAUCCUAACACCCAUCUCCAGUGCCUGGUCAAGGAAGCUGAUUGCUCUACUUUGAUCACCAUGGCAGAUGUAAGCAAUCCCCAGGAUGUGAAGUGA